GUGAGAGUGUGUGUGAGAGUGUGUGUGUGUGUGUGUGUGUGUGAGAGAGAGAGUGUGUGUGUAUGUUUGUGGUUUUCUGAUGCCCCGCCCACUGCAGGCCACAGCCACUGUCUCAAAAUAACAGCCGUAAGCCACACCCACCGCUCUAGUUUGGUAUUUAGGCCCCACCCUCCGCCGGCUCCUGUAUAAUCCUCAGAAGUCAGUGAAGGCCGGCGGUGUGUGUGUGUGUGAGGUGUGUGUGUGAGGUGUGUGAGGGUGAUUGAUGGCCGUAUCAGACACAGGAUGCGCAGGAGCAGCGCUUACAUCCCGGUGUCCACCGCUGCCGCUCUGCUGGUCACUUCAUCCACGCUGUUCUUCGUCUUCACGUGAGUCUCUUAUAAUAAUAACGAUCAGCUCAUCAAUAAUCAUAACUACAGAGAUAACACACGCAUCUCACAGCCUUAAAAAUAUCAUGCAUUAAAGCUUAGAAAAAACAACCACUUUUAGAUGAAACUAACGAACCGCAAACAUUAUAAUUCAUUUGAACCGUUUUUGAAACAAAGCAUUACAUAGAAUUUGUUUACAUCCCAAAUUAAAGACCGAAAAAGUAUAUUCAUGUCUUUUUUACAGCCUUUAAAUACAAUGCAUCAUAAACUGGUCUUAAUGCAUUAUGUCUUGCAUGAGAUCUCCUGAAUAAUAGCAUAAGCACAAUGUAAUAAUAAUCACAAUCCGGCGGUUUUAGUAUUAUAAUGCAUAAAAUAUGCAUUAUGGAUACCUUGCAUCUGAUCUUAAGGGUGUAGUGUUUUUGAGCUUUAUUAUAAGAAGAAGCUCCUUUACCAUGAAAUAAAUCCAGAAGGCAGUGGAGGAAGGAGAAGCACAGCACAAGCAGGAGCAGGACAGGAUUAAUCCGCCGCUGGAAGUAGGCCAGGAGCUCGUGUGACGCCGCGCUUCUCCCGGAUUUGAGCAGAUGGGAUGCGGAGAUUAGGAUUUGGAUUCCCGUCCGGGAGAAGUCGGGUGUUGAUGAGUUUAAGCUCCACAUCUGUCAUCAGAAGCAGCUUCAGGUGUCCGUGGCUCAGGCUGAACGUGUCUCCUGUUUUCCCGCCAUGCGUCGGGAUCGUCUUCCUCUUCGUUAUCGCCAACUUCAUCAUGGCCACGUUCAUGGACGCCGGCGUGUUCCAGAGAGCGAGCGAGGAGGAGGACAAGGACGAGGACUUCCGCGCGCCGCUCUAUAAGAACGUGGAGGUGCGCGGCGUUCAGGUGCGAAUGAAGUGGUGCGCGUCGUGUCACUUCUAUCGUCCGCCGCGCUGCUCACACUGUAGUGUCUGCGAUCACUGCGUGGAGGACUUCGACCAUCACUGUCCCUGGGUGAACAACUGCAUCGGGAGACGCAACUACCGCUUCUUCUUCCUCUUCCUGCUGUCUCUGACUCUUCACAUGAUGGGUGUGUUUUCUGGAGGUCUUCUGUAUGUUCUGGAUCACCUGGAGAACCUGUGGGAACUGCAUGCUGCCGUCUCGCUGGCGGUCAUGAGCGUUUCGGCUCUGUUCUUCAUCCCCGUCCUGGGUCUGUCGUGCUUUCAUCUGGUGCUGGUGGCGAGAGGACGCACCACGAACGAACAGGUGACGGGGAAGUUCCAGGGCGGAGUGAACCCGUUCACGCGCGGAUGCUGUCAGAACGUGCAGUUCGUGCUCUUCGGCCCCAUCACGCCGAGGUACACUGGGAAAAUCUGCGACAGAUUGCUGCUUCGCGUUCAGCCUCCUUUCCAUCACCCAGAGUCCCACAAACUGAGUCCUGUGAAGAGUCAAACCCUCCCGGUCAAGUCUCUAGAAGAAAUCUACGCUCCGGACAGCAAGCACCUGAGCGCUCCACCUCCGCUGCCCCCUAAACCAGAUCCGGUCCUGCUGAAGAACCACUUGGCGGCGCUGGAAGAGAGUUUGCUCCAGUCCAGAGCUCUAAUGCCUUCUGGACACAACAUGAGUCCUCUUCAGACUUCAGAGUCGCCCACCAAAGUGCUCUACCAAGUUCCCAGAGAUCAGAUGGCGUCGAGGAUUUCCCCGCUGGUCCCCCAGGAGCCCGAAGCGCCCGAGAAUCACGCAAACUCCCUGGCUCUGAACUCGCGCUCGCUGAGCCUCAAACACAGCCGCCGUGGAUCCCAGCGAGCAGACGUCCCCCAGAGCGUCCUCGGCGGCCGGAUAGGAAGCGUGUCCUACGAUAGCCUGCUGCGUCCGGCGGGCGUCCAGGUGGCGUUUUUACCCAUGGAUCGCGACUCUGCCGACGCGCCGUGGCUUCCGGCGCGCGACUGCAGCCCGGUGUUCAUGCACAUCAACCGCGAGCCGUCUCCGGUUCGCUACGACAGCCUUCCGAAGCCGUUCAUGAGCGCCAUCCAGGAGCGGCGCGAGCCGGGCGAAAGAGACAAAUCCGCUCCGGCGUCUCACGGAUCGGACGCGAAAGGUAAAUCGUCUCCGGCGUCUCUGGGUUCGGGCGAGCGGGACGAAUGCGCUCCGGCGUCUCGCGGUUCGGAGGUGAGGGAUAAAUCUGCUCCGGAGUCUCUCGGACCGGACGCCGGCAUCUACGACACUCCUGCGAGACGCGGCCUGGCGAAGGAUUUCCGCGGGCCGACUCCUCCGGCGUACGGUUCGAGGGAGUUCCUCCUGAGCAGCGCGGCGUACGGAUACGGGAGCCGCUCGCACCUGUCCUCGUCCUCGUCGUCCUCGCUCACCCGCCCGCCUCGGACCGCCAGCUCGCCGCUGCACUUUAACCGCUCUCUGUCGCCCUCUAUCUAUCAGUCUCUGGAGCGACAGUCGCAGCUGCCUUCGUCCACGUUCCCUGCGUCGCUUCCCACCUCCUCCUACGGGCCGCAGAAAGCCCUGGCUUACAUCAGAGGAGGAGAAAAACCCCCGCCGGAACCGUGAGUCCUGUCCGUUUAGAGCAGGGCUGUCAAACUCAAUUCCUGGAGGGUUCAGAUUCAACCCUGCUAAAUCACAUAUGCUAUGCAUGUCUGAAGUACUUUCAUUAGGGAUGCAUCUAAACUGAGUUUGACUCCCCUGCUUUAGAGGCUUCCCCCAAAAACCUCAAAUUAUGAGGGGAUUUUAAAGGAAGGGACGCUUCACCUAAAAAUCCAAUGCAUUGCAUCCAAAAUAAAAGUUUUCGUGUGAAUGAUACAUGCGUGUACUGCAUAUUGACCAGAAUACACCACUUUCCCCGUUUUUCCGGAUGCACCUUUUGAAAAAAAAAAAUCAAAUUUUAAUCAAAAUCAACCUGUUUGUUUGUUUUGAGAGUAUGGCAAAUACCGGUACCAGCAACAGCAUUUAAAGGCAUGCACUUCAAAAUAAAAGCCAGUCCAAUUAUACAGUCUGUCCAUCUCAUAGCCUACCAAAACUAUAUUGUUUUUGACUGUAGAAGUUAAACCCGUGUACUGUCUUGUGUUUUAAAAUCACUUACAGGGGAAGUUUGGCUCAUCGAGAGCGAUACUGAAUUCAUACAACAGUUCCACGUCGUGAAAUUAGAUCCAGAUCUGUGGGACUCUAAUAUCUAUCAGCCAAAUGAAUUUGAGAAAUAUUACACAUGCAUGCAUAUCUAUCAGAAAAUAUUUUAAA